AAAUUAUAAAUGCAAGCUUCCUAAGAAAAACUGCCUAAAUUAGAUCUCACAAACCGAAGAUCACAAUCAAUGGCCACCUCUAAUCCUGCUUUAAAAAAACUUAAAGAAACAUUAAUGAUUGAUAAUUAAACUAGCACACGUUAAUUGAAAAGAAAAGAAGGCGAUAUUUUGGAUUCUAUCCUAGAAGAUGCAAAUUUAAUCUUAGGAAAUAAACAGUUAGAGAAGAACAUAUACUAACUCAAAGAAUUAGGAUUACUUAAAUAAUACGAUCCAACUAUAGCAAUUCAAUAAGGGUAUAAGAAAAGUAAUUAUGUGAUGAAUGAUUAUCAUAACAAAAGUACAACAAAUGGUUAUGCAAGAAAUUAUGGAGGGUUGUUUUACAAUAGAUGAUUUAUCUUAAUAAAAUUUUAAUAAGC